UUUAUUACAAAUACUCAAAAAAGUGUUGAUGCUUUCUGUAGUAAAUCACAACCACCAUCAACUAAACAUCAUUUUUUGAUUAUUUAUACGUGUGUAACAAGUAUAGUAUCACAGAAAAUUAAGACAAUAGUUACAUUUGUUUCACUUAGGAACCAGAAAACUUUUAGAAAGGACUGUCUACAGAUGGAUGUGUUCCGUGGUCAAGAAAAACUUACAACCUGCAUAAUCAGCUGUCAGUGAGAUAGAUCAUCUGUCCCUGUAAAUAUAAAAGCUAAAACAAUCACAACACGUUUUGGGCUGAUAAGUGUAAAUAAUGAAGUGAAUGAGUACAUUACAAUGUGACCUCGACGCUGUUCUCAGCUGGUCUUGACGUGGGGAAGAAAUGGGAUAAUAACCUAUCAAGGUGUAAGGAGAUCACAAUGACCGGGCUCCCGUGAGGCCACGAGGAGAAAUCGUGUACAGAAAUAUAAGUUUAAGUGAAAAUGUCUGGUGACUUCCCAUUCGCGGCGAAGAUAGUUAGUCCAUUGAAAUGUAACGAGAAACCAUGGGAUUUGUGGGUGAGCGAAAUCGGUCACUUGUCUCCGAGACGAGACAACGAUGGAACGUUUACGACGCCGGCGGCGGUGGACAGCAAAAGCUCGUCCACCCGCCGCGUCCACGACUCCCAUCCGUACAAGGUGGCGGAGCGGGGCCAGGCGCGGUAUCGGCGCGCGGGCCUCAACCGCCUGCGGUACGAAAGCAUGAGCCUCCAUGGACUGUUUCCACAAAUGGACAAUUUAAACGCUGCAGUGUGUCACAUGUGCGGAGAUAUAGUGAAGUGUAGUGCAGUGUACAGACAUUUACUUGAAUCCCACACUGGUGCUGAGCCAAUCCUUCCACCUCCACCUCCUACAGUUAAACUAAAAUCAGCUCCGGGCCGAAGUAGGCAUAAGAAGGAGCCACCACCUCCCGUUCCUGUAGAUAUCCACCCUGUAAAGAUGGAGACCUCCCCAGUGCACACGGCAGCCGCUCCUUUAUCUAGGAUAGUUUUGCCACAACCUGAUUUACAGUACCUGGAAGAAGCGAGCACCUCUUCAGCAAUAACUGGUGAGGUGCAGAUAAGCAUGGAGAGCGGAGAGUUACCUGUUGUCAGUAUUCAAGAUACAGAGGAUUUACCACUGGGAGAAAACCUCACUGAUGACAUUUUUGCAAUAAUGAACUCUGAAGGAAUACAGAGUGCAGACGACAUCACAAAUGCUGCAGACUGGAAAAAUAUAAUUAAGGAUAUACAUGACAUAAAUUUUCCUACAACUAGUGAAACUAUGCAAUCACAAGACUUGUAUGCAGCAUCAUUAGAUACAUCACUAACUGGUUAUACAAUAUCAGACACAGAUUUAUCAAAUUUAUCAUUUCCACCGAACACAUCUCCCAUGUUAUCAACAGUCGUAGACAAUGUACAAACUGCUCAAGCUUUAAAGGCUCCGGCGACGCCGAGCACGAAGGCGCAAACGCGCAAAACGAGUAAAACGAAAUUUAAUCUACGAGAAUACGAUCCGAAUAAGCACUGCGGAGUAGUCACCGCCGAGAAUCCCAAGCCUUGCACGCGGUCGCUCACGUGCAAAGCGCACGCUCUGUCGCUGCGGAGGACUGUGGAGGGCCGCGCGAAGCCCUUCGACACACUGUUAGCAGAACAUCGCGCCUCAAGGGAUGCUGCAGCUUCGGGGAACACGUACACCCCUCCGGUCGCUCACCCCCCGCCACCGGCGCCCGUGGCCACCCCUGCGCCAGUAACGACAGUUCCUCUCAACCUCCCACCGCUCCUAGUCAAUACAUCAAUAGACCUCGGCACUUUCAACGGCUUAACGACUGAGCAGCAAGUGAACGACAUCUACGCGAGUUGGCUAAGCGUCGAAGAUCCCGUUUUACCCGAUACGUCAAGCAUCACAUCUCUCCUCAGCCAACCACUGCCCACUGAUUCUUUUCUGUUACCGGACGACGCGGAUAUCCCCACGGAUGUACCUAUACUAAGUAUAGCACCGCCAGCGCAACCGACUCCUCCUGUUAAGGAAGAGAAGCCGGAAGGUCCGCUGCCGUUGGUGCCGAGCGACGUCUGUUGGUACUCCUCGUGUCCGCGGCCGCUGGCUCUCUGUACCUUCAACGCGUCUCACGCGGGCAGUGCAAUAACGUUAGGCAAGAAAUUCGCGACCGUCCGGAGUAACAUAAAAUCGUCGUUAACGCGGUCGUCCAAGGCGUCUGGCGUCGCGAACAAUUACUACAGCCAGAGCCUGUCGUCGCUUUCUAAGACUUUACAUAUGAACAAUGCUAGUAAAACGAACAAGCCAGAAGUGCGUAAACUAAUAGUGACGUGUAGUUCAACUAGUGGUGGUAGUAAGGACGUGCAGCAGACGUUGAGUGAUCUAUUCGGUGGUGACGUGCGGCACACUUUAAACGGACAUUUGGGACAUUCAGAGCGCAAGCCUCGCGCUGCGACCAUCAAAACCGCCAAGCGGCCUUCCUCAGCGGUGCUCGAUCUGGGUUUCUCUCUAGAUCCGCUCUUAGCUGACGAAAAAUGCUGAACAAUAUAAGCAAUCACUGGUUGUGUAGUCACAUAAUUGUAUAUUUAUUUUUUUUGUAAAGAAUCGAAUCGGACUGGCAUUGUAAAUGUUGAAUAAUCACGAAUUUUGUCCCCCAACGGAAUUUAAAUGUUAUGAUAAAGUUAAAUCUCAUUUUUCUUUGAAAAACGAACUAAUGUUUGUAUUAUUUUGUAUAUUAUUUAUAAGAUUUUUUUAAUCGGCCCGCCGACGUGGAUGUCGGCGCGUCGACGAACAAUUAUGAAAUAGAUAAUGCAGAAUGGUUGUAUUUUUUCGAUAUGACAUAACUCAUUGUUGAUACUGAAAUGAAUACUGAGAAAAUGGCCUAGGAUUAAUGUUUAAUGUGAUGAAAAUUUCCAUGUAAAAAUAUAAAUAUUAUUAAAAUUAAGUUUAUCCAUAAUAGUAAAUUGCCUCCUUUUGAAAAUACCUCAGUAA